CCUCGAUGCUGAAACAACUGGUUAAUUUCAGGGCACUGGAGAGCGUAGAAAGCGGCUAGAACCGGAUUAGCGUGUGCCGGAGCACCGAAGACUCCGCACGGGGGAUCCAGCGGCUCACCGCAAAAAGCGGUGAAGGAGGGAGGGACAUACCACACCGCACCCUCAGAAGGCAAUGUCGAUCUUCCCUGAGGGAAUGUUACUCCCCUUGUUCCUCCCAGAGAGAACGCUGGUCCCCCAAGUGGGAGUUUUGGAAUGAUGUUCCUCUCGCCCUUUCGGAGGAAUCCGAUAGGAAUGUUGCUGCUCUGACCUUCCCAGAGGGGAUGCUGUAACCCGAUCCUUCCUGAUAGGAAUAUUGCUCCCCUGUGGUUCCACUGGUCAUCCCGACCCUUGCCACGAUCAGCAAGGUCAUCCCGGGAGGGACGAGCCGGGUGUGCGGUUCAAGGGAGGGUGGGGAGGGGAGGGGACGAGGGUGUCACCCUGCUUGCUCUCCCCACCCCUCCCGCUUUACCUGCAGACGUCAGAUGGUCAGUGAGUGAAUGCGCGCUGCGGCGCGGAGGCGGAGGCUGCUCGCUCGGAGGAGCGAGGAGCAGCGAUCGGCCGGGCGGCAAAGAUGCCGGCGGGGCUGAGCGGGGCCGGGAGCCGGGGCUCGGGCCUUCGCUGGCUGCACCGGAAUCGGUCGAGCGUGGGCUUCGGCCUGCUGUCCCUCGCCUACCUGCUAUACCUGGGCUGCGGCGCCCUGCUCUUCUCCUCGCUCGAACUGCCGUACGAGGACGAGCUCCGCCGUAAGCUGAGGCAGCUCAAGAGCCAGUUCGUGCAGGACAACCCGUGCCUGGACCCGGACAUGCUGGAGCGCUUCCUCGCCCGCGUCCUGGAGGCGAACAACUACGGCGUGUCGGCGCUGAAUAACAGCAGCGGCAAGUGGAACUGGGACUUCACCUCGUCACUCUUCUUCGCCGCCACCGUCCUCACCACCACCGGUUAUGGACACACGGUUCCGCUCUCAGAUGGCGGCAAGGCUUUCUGCAUCAUCUACUCGGUUAUUGGGAUCCCUUUCACCCUCCUCUUCCUCACCUCUGUGGUCCAGCGUGUCAUGGCACUAGUAACCAGGCGCCCGAUCCACUACAUUCACACCCGCUGGGGCUACCCCAAGCAAAGUGUCGCCCUCGCUCACGCCUUCCUGUUGGGGCUGGUCCUCUUCCUGUGCUUCUUCCUCAUCCCGGCCGCCAUCUUCACCCAACUGGAGCAGGACUGGAGCUUCCUGGAAUCCAUCUACUUCUGCUUCAUCUCGCUCAGCACCAUCGGCCUGGGCGACUAUGUGCCGGGAGAGGUUGGGCACCAGCGACUGCGCGAGCUGUACAAGCUGGGAAUAACCGUCUACCUCAUGAUUGGUCUCACUGCAGUGCUUGUUGUCCUGGAGACCUUCUGUGAACUUCACAAGCUCAAAGAGCUCAAGAGGAUCUUCUACCUGAAGAAAGACAAGGCGGAGGAUGAGAUUAAGAUUCUGGAGCAGGAUCAGCUCUCGUUCCCUUCAGUCAUGGACUCCGUGCCCAUCAACAGAGAGCAGCAGAAACUCAGCGAGUCUUUGGUCCCCAGCCCAGUGCCCUACCAGUUUACAGAGGACUCCACCAAUCGGUGACCGUCUCCCCAGCUGGGCGCCACCUCCCCUCCCACCCCCGAAGGCAGGAUUGGCCAAUCCUUGCCUCGUGUCGUGGGGCAAAUCUGCAUGUAAUUAGCAUAGGUUCUCAAGCAAUCUGCUAGCCCUAAAUUAAAAACCAUAUCAUUAUACAGAAAUUAGAAUAUGACAAAAAAUGUGUAACUAGCAAGGAGAAAGAACUGUACAUUCAGGUUAUCGAGGACACCGUGUUCAGACAUAAUUCAGAUUCAGAUUUAUUUAUAACAUGUACAUCGAAACAUUGAGUGAAAUGUGUUGUUUACAUUAACAACCAACACACCCGAGGGUGUGCUGGGGGGAGUUCACAAGCAUCACUACACAUUGCAGCAGCAACAUAGCAUGCCCGCCAUGUUCAGCGGAACAACACCAACAACAGAACAGCAAAGCAAGCCCCUUUCCCACCGUCCCACCCCUCCACUUUCUCACCCCAGGACGUGCAACAACACCAACAACAGAACAACAAAGCAAGCCCCUUUCCCACCGUCCCACCCGCCCCACCCUUCCACUUUCUCACUCCAGGACGGGCAACAACAGAACAGCAAAGCAAGCCCCUUUCCCACCGUCCCACCCCUCCACUUUCUCACCCCAGGACGUGCAACAACACCAACAACAGAACAACAAAGCAAGUCCCU